AUGUCGGACGACGAGGGCCCCGCUUCGGUCCAUAGCGCAUCUCCAGCGGCCAUAGCCAAUAGCGGCAGUCGUGUUCCCGUCCCAGCCGAUGUAUACCAUCCUGACGAGAAGAUGGAUCCGACCCCACCCCUCUCCAGCUUGCAGGAGCGGGACUUUAUCGAGCCGUUAUCGCGGCGGGCGAGCUUCAUGGGACAUCUGGCGGACUCGCGAGAGUCACAAUUUCACGUGCAGGAUCGCAGCGAGCUGGAGCGAUACUUUCACGGGCCCCGCAACAUAACCCAGCACUCGAAAUGGCCAAUCGUCAUGCGAGUUCAGGGGGAAUGGGCAGAUGGACGCAAGUAUUGGGCCUCGCUGGUUCAGACGUCGCGCAAUCUGGCCCGCAUCAUUUGGGUACACUUCGGCGAACGGGAGGGAGAGGAGGGCAAGGUGGAUCUUUUGAGAAAACUGACUGCCAUGAACCUGAUCCUCGCAUUCGCCGUGGCUCUAAAACACAAGCUCCGCUUUGAGCCUGAUGUCGCAUAUGAGGACUUGGCGGGCCUCAUCGCCCAUCUAGAUACCUUUGCCCUCGACGCCCAUGACCAUGACUCUAUGCAUCCCCGGUCGAAAACCCGAUGGAAGUCCGUAGGAGAGUACUUGGGUCUUUCAUUCGCAAAGUCCAAUCCGCGCAAGCUGGUGAAGCGGUCCAAGAAGCCGCUAGGACAUCUUCCGCUUGAGAUCCUCCACCAUUUAUCUGCCUAUAUCCAUUCGUGUACGAAGAAUGGCACGCUCUCUCUGGCCCAAUAUCAGGGGCAGUCGAUGACUAUGAUGACCUCGCUAACCGAGAUCUUGACUGGGACGGAGCGGGUGCUAGACACCCCUCUCCCAGCCGCAUAUAGCAUCGCCAUUGCCCAGAUUUCUUGGAUCUAUGUUAUGGUCCUCCCCUUCCAGCUGUAUGGUUUCCUGAGCUGGAUUACCAUCCCAGCUUCUAUGGUCGCCGCGUACAUUAUCCUCGGUCUACUCGCCAUUGGCAGUGAAAUUGAGAACCCCUUCGGCCAGGACGUUAACGAUCUCCAACUCACCACAUAUUGUCGCCAGAUUGCCCAGGAGCUUGAUAUCAUCACAGCUACUCCGCCUCCAAAUGUGGACCACUUCACUGCCCGCCCAGAAAACCUAGUUCUGUUCCCGCUCAGCCAGGAUGGCUAUCCCGCUUGGAAGGGCCGGAGCAAGGAGGACAUCCGUGCCGCACUCCAGGCUAAGGUUGUUGCGAGUUCAAGCCGGAACCCCGCGCUGGGUGAAUCAAAUAUGUCCACCAGAACAAUGAGCUUCUCCACAAGGAAGACCAUGGAGUCUGUUUGA